AAUAAUAAUAAUAAUAAUAAUAAUAAUAAUAAUAAUAAUAAUAAUAAUAAUAAUAAUAAUAAUAAUAAUAAUAAUAAUAAUAAUAAUAAUAAUAAUAAUAAUAAUAAUAAUAAUAAUAAUAAUAAUAAUAAUAAUAAUAAUAAUAAUAAUAAUAAUAAUAAUAACAACAAUAAUAAUAAUAAUAACAACAACAACAACAACAACAACAACAACAACAACAACAACAACAACAACAACAACAACAACAACAACAACAACAACAACAACAACAACAACAACAACAACAACAACAACAAUAAUAAUAAUAAUAAUAAUAAUAAUAAUAAUAAUAAUAAUAAUAAUAAUAAUAAUAAUAAUAAUAAUAAUAAUAAUAAUAAUAAUAAUAAUAAUAAUAAUAAUAAUAAUAAUAAUAAUAAUAAUAAUAAUAAUAAUAAUAAUAAUAAUAAUAAUAAUAAUAAUAAUAAUAAUAAUAAUAAUAAUAAUAAUAAUAAUAAUAAUAAUAAUAAUAAUAAUAAUAAUAAUAAUAAUAAUAAUAAUAAUAACAACAAUAACAACAACAAUAAUAAUAAUAAUAAUAAUAAUAAUAAUAAUAAUAAUAAUAAUAAUAAUAAUAAUAAUAAUAAUAAUAAUAAUAAUAAUAAUAAUAAUAAUAAUAAUAAUAAUAAUAAUAAUAAUAAUAAUAAUAAUAAUAAUAAUAAUAAUAAUAAUAAUAAUAAUAAUAAUAAUAAUAAUAAUAAUAAUAAUAAUAAUAAUAACAAUAAUAAUAAUAAUAAUAAUAAUAAUAAUAAUAAUAAUAAUAAUAAUAAUAAUAAUAAUAAUAAUAAUAAUAAUAAUAAUAAUAAUAAUAAUAAUAAUAAUAAUAAUAAUAAUAAUAAUAAUAACAAUAACAACAACAAUAAUAAUAAUAAUAAUAAUAAUAAUAAUAAUAAUAAUAAUAAU